GUCGGCCGUUAGGGUGAAGUUGUAAUUUCAUAUUUCGUACUUGGACGAAGACUGACGCACCAAGAAUGUCACCAGGUGUGUAUCGACUGUUUGGGCCUGGAGAUCAAAUGGACCAGAGUAACUGCUUAAAGUGACUACACACAUUAAGCUGAAGGGAAUAUACUGAAGAUUCAUGAUAAACUUUGACAAAACACGAUGGCAGACACACCACCCAAAAUAUCAGCAACAGCCACCAGCACCUCAGUGGGGCUCUUCCAGGUGGAUAUCUCUGUCAAAGGUUUCCAGCACAGUGAGGCUCAAGCAGAGUCAUCAACAGUGUCUGAACAAUGUGAUCUGGAUCCUCUGAAGCGUAACAACAGCCUGGUGUUUCUGCCACCCGCCAUGUGUGAGCUGAGGGUUGUUCUGCUGGGGAACAGCUGGUCUCAGAGGAGUUCAGUGGGGAACUUCAUACUAGGAGAGACUAAGUUCAACACUGAGGAAGAACCAGACUGCUGUCUGAGAUGGGCAAGAAAAAUAGGGGUCCAAAAAAUAGCUGUCAUCAACACUCCAGAUCUGCUGCAUCUCAACAUCUCUGAAGACAAACUGUCAGAACAUGUAGAAAAUUGUGUGAGACUCUCUGCUCCUGGACCUCAUGUGUUCCUGCUGGUUUUACAGCCUGAAGACUUCACUGAGGAACACAAACUGAGACUCUGCAGAGUCCUGAAAUGCUUCAGUGAUCAAUCAUUUGAUCAUUCAAUUAUACUGAUAUCAACACCCAGAGAGAAGAGUUCAGGUUUCACAGAAGAUGUCACAAACCAUCCUGCCCUACAGGACAUGAUCAGAAGAUGCAGAUUUGGGUCUUUAACACAGAAGAACCUUCCAGAGCUGUUAACACGUCUUGGACAAACUGCUAAAGAGAACAAAGGAAAGUCUGUGAGCUGUGACUCACUGAGGGAGGCAGCAACAGCUUUAACUCAAAGCCUGAAACAUGGAGAAGCAGUCAGUGCACAGAUGGGUCCUGCAGGAGCUGCUG